GGCGUGACGUCGGGGGGAUUAUUUGCAUAAUGCGCACUAUUUAUACCGUGAUUGACGCCGGAGCCAUCACUCUGCUGCUGCGCCAACCAGACCUUCGUCCAGUCGUCUCUCUGACCAGAAGCCUGAGCCACCGCAAACAUGGCUGACAAACCUGACGUCACAGAAGUCACCACCUUCGACAAGACGAAGCUGAAGAAGACCGAGACUCAAGAGAAGAACACACUGCCAACCAAAGAGACCAUCGAACAGGAGAAGACAGAGUCAUCAUGAAGACGGGUCCUCCUGUGCACUGUACAUUCCACAAGCCUUGGCUUUUUUCUUUUUUUUCUUUUUUUUUCUCAACAUAUUCCAACAUGUAUUCCAAGUUGCAGUACUCACUAAUUGACAAAACAAUGGCUGUACAACCGCACACCACCUGCUUGCCUAGAUGUCCCUCUGUACCCAAAGGAAGUGUGGGUCAAUGUCGGCGUGGGUUCCCGGUCAUCCGUUUUGCUGUGGCUGAAUCACCAGGUGUGUCAUGAAACAACUGAGGGAACUACACUUUGAUUUGUAGCCCUGCUCUGGCCACCUGUGACUGCUCACAAAGCAAGCAGUGUUUCUUUUUGUAAAAACUGGAAUGAACAAGUUUGUUAAAUAUGCAAAAUAAAAAAUGUAAAUU